AUGGCGGAGGGGCGGAGCGCUGCGCAGAGGGUGCUGGAGCUGAAGGAGCAGCUGGGCAGUGCGAAGGACUCCGCCCAGAUUAUAAAAGCACUUAAGGUACUACAGGAUUUGGAUGUAUCGCUGGAUAUUUUAGUGGAAACUGGCAUAGGCAAAGCAGUCAACAGUUUUAGGAAACAUUCCGCUGCUGGGAAUGUAGCUAAAACCCUGGUAAAACAAUGGAAGAAACUUAUCACUCCAGAAAAUAAAAGUGGUCACAGAGGAAGAACACAAAAUACUGAAACAGAUGAGAAAAAGUCUUCUAUUUCCAAGGAGAUUAAACCUUCAGAGAUGUCCAAAGCAUCUGUACUGGUUUCCAGAAGUUCCACUAUCUCUCCCAUUUCUAAAAAGUUGGAUAAGCAGCAUACUUGUAUUGAAAAGACCCACCACAGUAGAGAUUCUGAGUAUCAAAAAGAAUGUCAUAAUAAAGAAUGUAGCAGCAGUGGUUCUAAGCAUGCUUCCCAGGGCACUAAUCCUCAAGCUAAAGAAAGUGACUUCAAAGAGAGUACCUCCAGAGACAGCAAAAAAGUGUCAGAAAAGCAGUAUGCCUCUGUAGCCAAUAAGGACUUGCCACUCCUGAAGGAAAAGCCUAGCAAGGAUAUUUCCAAACAGAGAAAUCAUAAGCAGGUGAAGAAACCAAAACAAAAACUUGUCAUAAAAAGAAAAGCUGAAUUAUCUAGUGAUGAGGAAUUUGAGCCCCCUACUAUGUCUUUCGAAUCUUACCUUAAUUAUGAUCAGAUUAACAAAAAAAGAAAGAGGAAGGCUUGUUCCAGAGGGCAACAGCCAAAGAAGUGCAGUAAACAGAAGAGUUCAUUGCCACUGGAAGAAGAAGAUGUAAAAAAAUGUAAGAGUGAUCAGUCAGAAGCUCCCAAUAAAAAGGCCAAGGUAGCAUCCCUCCAAGAUCUUCUUAAUACUCCACUGCCUAGAUUUCUGACAGGCAUCUCAAUCUCAUCUCCUCCAUAUGCUGCAGAAUUUAAAGCUACUGCUGUAGAAGCACCCCAGCAAGUCAGUGAGGUGGUGCAAUUCACAGGCCGGAGGCUGAACUCUAAAAUGCAAGUUUACUCUGGCUCUAAGCCAGCCUGUCUUUCAAAGAUGCUUACACUGUAUGAACAGUGCAUCCGUGUGCUUCAAAAUAAUAUUGAUUUGCUACAUGAAGUAGGAGGUGUGCCCUUUGAAAUUCUUGAGCCUGUCCUAACACGUUGCACACCAGAGCAAUUGUUUCGGAUAGAGGAAUGUAACCCGAUGUUUACAGAAGAGUCUACCCACUUGUGGAAGAAACACUGCCAGAGAGAUUUUAAAAAUGAGAGCCUCCUGGAGUAUGAGUCUUGGCGUGAAAUGUACUUGAGACUAUCUAAUCAAAGAGAAGAAAAACUGAAGAUACUUACAAAAAAUAUUAUUUCAGCUCAGUCUGAGAAGCCAAAAGGCAGGCAAGUAAAAAUGGCUUAUGUUACCACUGCUGCAAAACCACCCAGGAACAUUCGCCGACAGCAAGAAAUCCAUGGGACAGCAGGACCUGUCACCCAACUUCAUCCCCUAGAGAAGUACAAAACGGGGGUUCCAGGAAGUAGAGGCAGAAGUAAUACAUUAGGAAAUCUGAUUCCUGACAGCAGCAGUGGAAGCUCUAGCUCCAGCAUAAUGAGUCAAGAUGGGAAGAAGCCUAUCAAAAAAAUUGCACCAAUCAUGAGGAAAACUUUGAAGGCGUUGAAGAGCAGAGCUGGACGAUGUUAA